AUGUCAACUACCGAAAACGCUCCCGAAGACCCGUUUUCAGAUUUCCAGUGGAAGAAGUCCGAGGUUUCGGAGAUGCGAAAAGCGAUAGAGAAGUGGAAGCCUGCACAAACGGCAACCCGCCGGACAAUUGAGAAGAACUUGGUGGAGGUCUUUCUGCAUCAGCGAGGUCUUGACGCCCCGUUCUUGGCGGGCUUCGUGCAAAAGAAAUGUUCGCUGUGGUUCAGCAACCACACUGCCGACCGCCAGGAGGGAACACCGGACUGGUGCGGUCUCAGGUUGUUCACCGGUCGUGGCCUCUGGUACAGUAAGAACUUCAAAGAAGUUGAACAGCAGGCGGGCAAGGAUGCGACGUUUGGCAUGAAAAACAGCCAGGCAGCGGAGAUGUGGAAGCUACUCGACGAGGAGGAGCAAGAGGAGUGGCUGGAUUUGGCUGCCGAGUACAACACGAAGCCGCCACCUCCGGACGUUCAGCGAGACUACGCAAACAAGAAUAUGGUCCACAUUGUCGAAGAGUUUAUCAAGUUCUUGUUCCGUAUUUGUGGUGCAGCGGUCUUUGUAUACACAACCCGCCCAGCUGUUGGCGGUCAGGUCAAUACCCAUUUCGACGAUACCACGCAGUACAUUGACAAUGCUACUGCGCUUCAAAAGCACGAGCUCUGGGACACCAACACGAAGGUGGCCUGCUUGGAGACCUUCGGUAGGCUCCUCGGCAUGGCCGGCGAUGAGGGCCCCCCGGCGCUCCGUGAUCACAACCUCUUUCGUCGGCAGCGGCGGGAUCGCUCAACGACGGUCCCGUUUGAAUACAAGUAUGGUCUGCCGCAGCCAUAUUGUUCUCCUCGCAAUGGGAAGAAGAUGACAACAAAGGAUGUUUACGCUCACGGUUGCGACUUUUUCCGUCUUCAUCUGAGUCUCGCGACUGGGGACGGCGUCUUGCUCAAUUCUGUCCCAUGGAGCACCAUCAAACUGGAACUCGAAAAAUACAUCCCGGGAGAAUACCUGACGACAGAAUUCAAGGACAAGUUUGACUGCAUGAGCAAGAUGUCAGUCAUCGCUCAGAAGAACUGGAUUACGCACAUCCUGAGGACUGAGGCAUCAUUACCGGUACCGGAAGACUUCACCGAGCCUGAGCCGGGGAAGGUGUUUCAAGUUCCGGAAGGGCGCUUCCACCUCUUGCGCGGUCUGUAUAAGCCCACUGCCGAUCAUAUCCCGGGUCAAUACCGAGCCCUCCUUUGUGAUGACGUCACCGAGAACGCACCCACCAACAUUACCGAAACCGGACGACGAAGACAAUUCUUCGAGGAGGAGGCUGAUAAGGAGGACCGGGAAGAGGAUGAGUUCGACGAGCUCCGAUCCGGUGAUGGUGGCCACGACGACUCCGACGACAACACCGCGAGCGACAAGGAGGAUCAGGAGAACGAAGAAGAAGAUGAGGAUGGCGACGGUGAUGAGGUUCGGAAGUCGCUCGGUAUUGACGAGACACCCACUGGUGCGUCGGAAGACUAUGACGGCCCAGGGUACGUCGAAGUCAGGACACCACCGCCGUCAGGCCUCCGUUCGCCGGUUGUGCGUCGAACAACCGUACUUCCGGCGGUGCGUCCGGCACCGUACGGUGUCAAACCCGGCGGGGUCGUCCCGUUCCUCGAGAGCUUGUGCGCCGAGACGCAGUACCAGAACCUCCUGACCCGUGUAGCCAAGGCGCUCGAGACGAAGGUGGACAUUCCACCCAUUCCAGCCGCUCCGUGGGCAACAUGGGCUAACGUCCACGGGUUUGUUGGCCAUGAUCUCUACAACGACGCACAAGAGAUGGUCCGACUGCUCGACUGGAUCGGCGAUCAAUCGGUCCGCGAGGAUCUUGACCGCGUCUCGGUGCAAAGGAUCUGCUUGGUGUUUGGACUCCUUGCCCGAGACUCGCGUCAAGCGAACGACUUCCGAGAGGAGUCCCCUCCGCCGGAAUUCGACAGCGGAGAUGAUUUCGGGCAGAGCGCCUUGACGCUAUUGCGUUGCGGCGCAACUGGGUGGAACCGAAACGGACCGGUCCAUGCCACGCCCAGUGAAGAAGAAGGGAAAGCAGUAGACAAUGACUCUGGCCCUUCAUCGUCCACUUUGCCCGGCAACGGACAAACGGGGGCUACCGAGGGGAUUACCGGCGGGAAGGCAGUUGAGAGUUCGACCAAGAAAACGGUGAAGCCGCCGCAGCAACCCCCG